AUCUCUUCUGUGGUUGUAAUAGUUUGUAUUUCUGCAAUUUGAACGAUUUCAUUCGUUGUUUUGUUUUGGGGCGUCGAGUCUAACCAAAUGUCAACAAUGGUGAUUUCUUGGCUCAUUAACCCUGGUAAAAAGCAAUGGCAGAAGUGGACGUUUUUAUUAGCAAUUAUACGUUAGUAGAUCCGGAAAUAUACCAACUAUGGAUAGAAGGACAUACAGCAAGCGAAGCUGUGGUAAUUCUAGACAAAAAAGGACUUGGCAAACAAACUGGCGCCACCUUAGAGCUAAUCGCAAGCGAUGUCUUGGAUCAUUACCGCACGUAUUCGCUGCUCGAAAAGUUGCUGAGCAACCCUAACAAACUGCAUGAGCAGUUGGCAUUCCAAAUAGACCCGCAAACUAGACAAUUGUUGAUCGAGAAAUAUUACGAAUUCGACGAUGUCGUCGUCAAGGAGCUGUUGGGGAAGAAAUUGUCGUCGAAAAACCGCAAGGAUUUAGAUGAGGUAUCGGACAAAACGGGUAAACCGCUAAAGUCUUGUCGCCGGCAAUUUGACAACAUCAAGCGGAUUUACAAGACAGUAGAUGAGAUGCCGGGUUCAAUUGUUGAAAAUAUAAAAAAUUGCUUUUACUUGCCGGAAGAACUGGCUAAAAAAUACGCGAGCAUAGUGUUCCUCGCGGCGAUCCGUUUUGAGACAUCUAAGAAGAAACUAAAUUACAUGAGCUUCAAUACUUGGAAAAGGUGUUGCGAGGUUAUAAUGGAUCAGUGGACUUACAAACUGACCGGGCCAGAGUACUAUGAUACGGAAAUGGAUAAAGAAUUUCUUUUGGAACUUAGGGAGCUGAAAAUUAUACUGGAUCGCGAGAAGGAACACAAGCAGUUAGUGUGUGUGACACUCAAGCCAAAAUUGUUGCAAAAGAGUUACAUAGAGCUAGAUGGAAACUUUAAGAUCUAUACGCGUGCCAUAUUGACUCUGGCGUCCACUCUACACCGCUCUAGGGAUAUGAGAAAUUUGUUUCUUGAACUGUCCCAGAUAUUGGACCUCUUUAAGACGGGCAAUUGGACAUCUCACGAUUUGCAGCAGUUUUUAAACGCCUAUAAUUAUUGCGCAGUCGACUUGGACAUUUUCAGGAGUGAGCCCAAUUUAAGAACUUGUUGGGAGAAAUAUAUGAAAGUGAUUACAAGUUGCAUGGUGGUUAUGUAUACUCCGUGAUUUCUUAUGUUUAUUUAAAUAAACCUGUUUUCAAAACAUG